AUGUUAUCCCAACGCGACCUGGAAGAGAAGCAGCGCCUGUGCCCCAGGCCAUGGGGCACCCUCGACCGCUUACCGAGAGAAAUUCUAUUCCACAUCAUGGGGAUGGUUUUGAACGGCAGUGUUGAGGCUGUGCAUGACCGUCUCGACGUCCCGCACGUCUACCCCAGCAUGGCUCACAUCCUCACCCGCGUGAAUAGUGCGUGGUUCGGUUGGGGCGUUCCGUUCGUCUGGGAAAAGGCCCGAACCGUCACCAUUUCAGCUAUCUAUCGCAUCGAGUCUAUCCUUUCUCCCGAGAACGCUGAUGACUCGCGGACGGUCUCUUCUGCCCAGACCACACCAAAGAGGAGAUUCCAAGAAACCUUUUCGCCAUCGGAAACCACAGCUGGACCACCCCCGCCCGCCAUAGGGGACCAUCCGGAUAGGCAACCUUUGGCCGGGUUCAGGUCCAGUCAAUCCUCUGCCGCGCCCGACGAUGAUGAGUCGAGGCCGUUCUUCACGGGCGUGACCGUUGUCCCGAGCAGUAAGAGACCCUCAAGAGCCAUGAAGCCCCCGAUGAGGUCCAGCAUAGCUUGCCAGAGGUGUAGAAAGUCCAAGAUCAAAUGCGACAACGACAACACUGGAUCGCCUUGCGAGACCUGCAUCAAGGCCGGCCACAAAUGCGAAUUUCCGGAACCCACGCCUUUACCGGCUAAGCGGGCAGAACCGCCGACCCUGCCAAAGCAAGAUAGAGAAGCAGGCCAUGACCGGAAGCGCGUCAAAAAGCUUGAGGAUUCCUUCCAGCUCGAUGCAACCGCAAAAGCCGAGGAAGUCUUGUCGAUGCCAUUCUUGUCCGGGAAAAUAUGGUACGAACUUUUCGACAUCUACAAGCUGCAUUUCGCCACCGAACUCCCGUUUCUGCAUCUUCCGACCUUGAAGAGUGUCAUACACGACAAAGAGAUCAAGAAACCAUCAGCAGAUGUCAAUUUGGUCCUGCUGGGCAUCUUAGCCCUCACAGCCAGGUUUCAGCCCGACGUGGUCAAGUAUGUCGCACACCAGAUCCACGAUAAAGUUGCCGGCCCGAAAUCUCGAGGCGCUCUUCCAAGAGCAGAUCCUUCGACUGCCUCCGAAUACUUUGCACAGUCUCUCACGGCGGCUCUGGGGCCUCUCGAGUCGGCCUUGACUUCUGCUUCCGUGGUUCGAGUGCAGGCCUUCCUGAUGCUCGGCCUGUACAAGUGGAGCCAGCCCUAUGGCGGUUUAGCAGCAUGGAUGUACGUUGGAGUAGCCAUCCGGAUGGCCCAGGGCUUGAAGUUGGGUUUUGGCGACAAGCCUCUUCGUGGGAAGAGGCCGUCUCAGCUUAACAAGCGGAUAUUGCCUGAAUCAUGGAAGGACCUGGAAAUUAGACGGCGCACAAUGUUCAGCUGUCUCAUUCUAGAUCGCUUGUUAUCCUGCGGUUCUGAGCGAGUUUCGAUGGUCCGAUCCGACGAUUUACAAAUUCAACUCCCGUGUACCGAACACGCCUUCGAUCUCGGCCGUGCUGUUUAUACAGGCUUCCUACGCCAAGUGGGAACCGAGAUGGAACGCCCGAUAGACGACAGCGUUCUCAGUCGAUUCGUACAGCUUGCCGACUUCUGGGGCGACAUCACCAAAUACAGUUUCGCCGGCGGUCGUGUUACAGAGACUCAUCCGCCCUGGAACCCGGACUCGACGUUUUACCAGCUGAACGCCAAGGUCGACGCUUUCUACGCCCACCUACCGGAGGAAUUCACAUGGUCAAGCUCAAAUUUCUGGAAACACGACAACAGCAUGUACGUUUCACUACACAUGCUUGGCGCUCUCUGCCGGAUCAUGCUACACCGAGAGUAUAUACCCUUCAUCGCCAUCAAAUGUGAAAAACCCGUGGGGCCUUUGGAUGAGCCGGUCUUUGAUCCUGCGACUGUCCCCGAAAACUUCUGGUUCAAAAGUGCAGAGCAGGUUUUCAAGGCCGGGAGGGAGAUUAUCGAUCUGAUCAAGACGUGCCGCGACAAACUCCCUCAAUCGUCUCUCGUCAUAUUUGCAAUCUGGCAGGCUGCAUUCGUCGGAAUCUACGCGCGACAUUAUCCUCAGAUGGAUACCGAGCACCACAUGGUCAGCGAGGAAGAGAUCCAAGAGCGGGCGACGGGAACGAUGCAAGACGUUACCAAAACAGGUAACACGGGCAUUGCGUUCAACGCUCUGCUGCGAGUUGCACCAUAUUUCAGCAUGGCGUCGGGCUAUGUAACAUACUUCAAGGACAUGGACCAAUAUUUCACCAAGGUGUUCAUGGAUUACUCUCAGCGAAGUGGCAGAAGAGGCGGCGAUGGAGCGCUGAGUAUUCGGUUGGGCGCUGGAGGAGGCGGGCUUGAGGAGUGGAGAGUGAAGUCAGACAGGAUCACGAACAACGGCAUCAUCAUGGACGAAGACCGGUCGAUGGGAUACGAUGCUUCCGACGGAUCGCGUGCCAGCACGCUCGAACGAAGUUCCUCGAUGGGCCCCGAAUACUCGCACCUCAGCGCCGACGGCAGGAGAGACUCACGGCAAGGGCCGUCGUCCUUCACCGCCAUCAAUACCGCUCAGUUCCAUGCCCAAGCGGCGUUGGAGGGUUAUCAACACUCGCCGACGCAGACGUUCGCACCAGUCCCCGGGCCAAUGGGAAGCGAUGGCGCCGUCAACCCCGGCCUCGGCGGCACGGAUGCCAAUAUCGAAUCGUACGUCAACCAGCAUCAGGGCCAGAGACUCGGCAUUGCGUUGGAGGAUCUAGAGGAGUUCACGGGACAGAUGGUUGCGGACCAAAACAUCGGAGACUGGGGCCCUGCAUUCUUCUCGCAGGUGGCUGGAGGCAACCCCUUGCCCCAGUUCAGCGAGGGCUAUUCCUGA